UGUGGUCUGUGUGUGUUGGUAUAGUUGCGCGAGCGCAGAUUUAUUUUGUGUCCGCUCUUACGAUUAUUUUUUUCACAAAUAAUAUGAAUAUACUUAAAUCUAUACCAAUGUAUGUUUUUAAUUGUUAAUGUGGAUAAAAUUAAAACGUUCUAUAGUGUGCAGGAUCUCGUUUUACUAAUUAGGUCAAACUAAACUCACGAACUCUUGGAAGGAGUGAUUGUUUAGUGUUCGCUGAGAGUGACUCACGCGUUUUUGUAUUUGUUAUGGCGACUAUACGUUGGAGUUUUAGCUUUGUUUAGUGGCCUAUAUUUAGAGAAUAUGGCUACACCGCCUAUGCCAAAGCCUCGGACUGGGCUGGUAUCGACAAACAGUGAGCCCUUAAAGAAACCUGUGCCUCUACCGAGGACGAAACUACCAACAACUAGUGAGAGAGUCACUUCAUCCGCUUCGGAAAUCUUGCAAUCUAUUGGAAAUGUUUCUAAACAAUUAUCUGAGGAUGUGGCUAACAAAGUACAAAACUCAGCUAAAAGUGUGAAUGAAAAAUUGGAAAAAUCAUUCAUGGAUGGGUCUAAGUUUGCCAAAGGAACACUAGAAAAGACCAUUACAACUUCUAGAGCUAUGAGGGAUUCUGUCACAAAAUCUGUCAUAGAGGGCACUAAAACGGCUGGGCUCAGACUUCGGCGUUCUAAAAAGUCAAUAGAAGGUUUGCCUUGUGAGUCACAGAGGUGCAUGUCCAUGCCUGAUGUGGACAUGAAAUUGUUUGAUAAUAUUCAGUUUCACUCACCUUUGUUGGAACAUAAGUGGAUAAGGAGUGAGGGCCAAUCUGAUCUGGCACAAAGUGAUCAGGUCAUUCCAUCAAUGAAUUUAAACUGUAAAAACUUUGAUGACCUGUCCCUUUUUUCAAAUAACUCUGAUUCAAAUACAGAUACAGUCAGUACUUUUUCACAUGACAGUAGGGACUAUGAGUACAAUAGAAGUGGGAUGUCAGAAGGUGAACAACUAACUUAUGAUACACCCAAGGCUUCUCGAGCAAACAGUGUAGUUGGUGAGUCACAUUGCCCUGAAAUACCUGAGAGAAGAAAAAAGAGGGAAAGUGUAGACUUCAUGAGGCAGAACUCACUUUAUGAGAAUUGGAAUUUGCCAGGGGAGCCUCUGCUGGCGAGUCCUGAAGUUACAUCUCGACCAAGUAAAAGCACAAUAUUUGAGUUUGACCCCUUAAAUACUGCCACAUCAAAGUAUGAAGGUGUGAGCAAUGAGCUGCUACUGCUUGAGUCAUACCUGACUGGUGACACAUAUGGAACUAUAACUGCUACUGAUGGCUCAGAGGAUAACUUUGAGGACUUUUCUGACAAGGAUUACUUCAACCCCCCUACCCCUCCUGAAAGAACCGAUAGCCUCUUUGACACAGAAUCUGAAAACAAAGCAGACACUGCUGUAGCAGCUGGUAGUAAAGAUAAUAAUUCAAACUGGUUCACGGAUGAGGAUGGACAAUCAAAGCCUGAUGAAGUAAAGAUUGCCAAUACUACGGGAGGAUACAUGCAGAGGUUUUCUAACAUGCUAAAGCUUGAUAACAUGUUAAAUAAAUCCUCUAAACAGAAUGCCCCAAAGGUUGAAGUUGUAGAGCGUCCCGGUAUCAGUGUUUAUGUACAUUAUUAUAGUGGGAUGCUAUCUCGGCUGGUGUCUGGUCCCAGCGGAGUUGAGGAGUUGUUCAAGAACUCCCUGACGCGGCAUUGUGUGCUCUCGGACCAGAAGCUCAUGUGUUAUUCAGAUGCAACAAAUACAGUAUUAAAAGAAACUUAUGCUCUUGAAAGUGUAUUGUCCAUUCAAAUUUCAUUGCCUCUAUCAUCCAGCUCAACUCACAACUAUUGUUUUGAGUUGUCGCUUACCCCGGCCUCGCCUCGUGGCUCUCCCCGCAAGAUUGUGUUCAGCUCAAGCAGCCAAUCAGAUCGUCAGAACUGGGCACAGAAGAUAGCUGAACAUCUCACUAGUGGCUUCCAGCCCAAGUACACUGCCGAGUUCACACGAUGUGGAUGGUGCUAUUUGAAGGAGGGCGUCAGCGGCGAGUGGCAGGGGGCGUGGGUGAUGCUCAUCCGACGAGUCCUGGUCUACCACACAAAGGACGGCGCCUUGAGGACCGUCGACCUGAGAAAGACCAGAUGUGUUGUAUCUCAGAACGCGGAUGAGGAGACCAAGAAGUGUUGUCCAAACGACGGCGGCGGCAAUCUACUGCUGGACUGCUCUCACGCCACCCUGUACCUGCGCUUCCCUUACGAACGAGAACUCAAGGGCUGGCGCUACAUGGUGAAGCUGGCGGCGCACAACAACGGCGCGUACCUCCACCACCAGCAGCUGACGCAGGACGACGUGCCGGCCCUGGUCGACAAGUGCAUCAGCUUCAUAUACGCACACGGCAGCAUGACGGAGGGCAUCUACCGGCGCGCCGGGUCCAGCUCGGUCCUGUCCACUCUGCUGGCCAACUUCCGUCGCGACGCGUGGUCGGUGCAGCUGAGCGCGCGCGGGCACUCGGAGCACGACGUGGCCGGCGUGCUCAAGCGCUUCUUCCGCGACCUGCCGGAGCCGCUGCUGCCGCAGGAGAAGCACCAGGCACUGGUGUCUGCGUUGGUUAUAGAAGAUGAGAAGGCACGGCAAGCGGAGUUCCGCCGCCUCAUGUUAGACCUGCCCGUGGUGGCGCGCCGCACGGCUCGCAAGCUGUUCGCUCACCUCCACUUCAUACACACAAUGGCCGCCUACAACAAGAUGGCGGCUGACAAUCUCGCUGCGGUGUGGGCGCCUACCAUCAUGCCCGCUGCGGUGACCAGCGACCAGAUCCAAACGGCUUGGUCUUCCAAAGAAGUGUUCGUGGUUCGCGACCUCAUAGCUCACUACGAGGCUAUAUGGGAGCCGACAGAAGCGGAGAAGCGUCGCGAGGCGGCUGUCAGGAGGGUGCUACUACGGGUCACCAGCCAACCGGCCCCCAGCGCGCCUAAAGCCGCUGGUGACCUCAAAGCGUGGGUGUAUGUGCAUGACCGCUCCACGUGUUUUCAGGUUUCCCUGACCCCGAGCAAGACGAGCGCGGAUAUCUGCGUAGAACUCUGCGAAAAGGCCAACGCUGAAUCGCACUUACUGAUGUUAGAAGAAGUCGUAUGCAACGAAGCGAUGCGUAGGACUGUGCACAUCGACGAAAUAGUCCUAGACGUGGUCCUACGGUGGGGAUAUUGGGACGAGGAAGAUAGGAAAGACAACUACAUAGUGGUCAGAGAAAACAAGGUCUUGUACGAUAUGGAGGCGUUAAGACAUAAGACGUCACUGGUGUGCGGCGAACUCAAGUUUGCCAGCGAAGCCAACAAGGCAUUCAAAAUGUACAUGUUCGAACUUAAGAACGGGAAACUUUGCUAUUUCAAGGAUAAACAGGGCUCGCAUUUGAUAGAAGAAUGGAACCUCAAAGACAUCCUGUGGUACACCGGGCAUGAGACGAAGAGGAAUCCCCAAACACGGUGGGCGAUCACCUUUAUACCAAGAAAUAAUAAACAAAAAAGAUCCAAAGACCGUCCAUGGUUUGGCUGCACCAUAGGCGGUGCGGUGACUGAAGACCAGCUCAAGUGGAUGACUGCGAUGAUGUUUGCCGAACACCCCAACGUACUCCCGACCCCCAGGCUCGUCAUCACAUAGAUUAUAGUUAAUAAAUAAGUACAAUGUUGUAUUGGAGAAGACCGGAUGAAUGCCAAUAAAAGUAUAAUUAUAAUUUUAUAAUAGGAGUAAAAUAUACCCAGGUAACGCAUGUUCAAGAAGAAUAUUUUGUUGAAAAAAAUAAGAUUAGUUUUUCGAGGGACCAACUAUUUUUAAUACAGAAAAUAGAAAUACUUAUAUUAUUUAUGUUGUCAGGUAAAUUAAACAAUUAAUUUUCUUUGUUAAAUAAAAAAAAUAUAUCAUUUCUUAUUCAUUAUGAUCGCUAGUAAAUAUACUUAGUUCAAUGUUAUAGUUUAGCAACUUGCAAACUGACCUUCUUAGUCAAAAUAUACUGUAUAUAUGUAUAAUAUUUAUGUUGUUGUUGGAUGUGAAGAUAAACUGAUAUUCACUAGUUAUGCCUAAGAUUAACCGGGAGGACUGCCAAAUGUUAGGUCUUUGAUUACGAAAUGGUACGAUUUUUUUUGUUACUUAUACAAAAAUUAUUAUGAAAGAAUAAAAUAUCAUAAUUAUUUCCUGCAAUAGUUAAUGUCCAAUUUCAUCAUCAUAAGCCUCACUUACUCAUUUCUGGCAAAAAGGGUAGAAUAGGAGUAAGUACUUACUUAAUAUUUACCGCUCCCGGUUAACUUUAGGUUUGUUAGUCUAAUCUUAAAUCUAUCCCUAGCCCCAACAUUUGAGGAAGCACAUCCAUAUUAUUAUGACAAUAUUUAUACAGUAAAAUCUUAAGUUUCAGUAGGCAAAUUUAAAUUUAAUAUUAAUAAUUUGCAAAUAAUUAUAUAAAUUAGUGCAAAAAGAUUUCUUAUAAAUAGCUGUUUUCGUAAGUCUGUUAUUUACGAAAAACAAUGUUGUUUAGACUACUCUAAAAAGGUCAUUUUUUAUUCAAGUAAAUACGUUUAGUUUCAAAACUAUCUGAAAUAUACAUUUUAACGAACUAUUGUUGUGUCUGGUAAAAUUUAUUCAGCUCCAAUCCUACACAUUGUUUAGUCUGCAGUUUAUUUUUGUCUUGAUUCGACUUUAUAGAUAACAAAAAAAAAACUUAUCUAUUUUUUUACUGUAGUGAUGGUACUGAAAUUAAAAGAAUUGUGAUGAUAUGUAAACAUUGCCAAAGUGUACAAAUUGAAUAUUAACAAAUAAACUAAAUAAAUAUACAAAUAAACAAAUAUGUAUUAUGUAUUUCUACACGAAUACUUAGCUCAAAUAAAUAGUAUUAAGCGUAGAUAUAUUUCCAGGUGCUUUUAUACAAAAUAGAUCGCCUUUAUUAACGUAAUUAAUUUUAUUGUACACGGAAAAUGUAGUUUAAAUAAAAAGCUACGAAUAGGUAUAUGAAAUAAAUUAAUAUGUUUGAUUAGAUGGAUGGAUUAGAAUUCUCGAUAUAGUACAACAAUGGUGCUGCUUAAUUUUCAAAUUUCACAAUUUCAUUUGCAGCUAAGAAAAUGUAAUGACUUAAGUAUGUAAGUACUACUUUUUAAAAAAUCUAAAAUAUAUUUUUUAUUAUUCAUGAAAAUCUAAAUACCAUUUCACAGAAAAACUUAUAACUAGAUAAAAUCAAAUAUGCACUAACUAACAGAAAAGUUACUUCUAAAUAAUUGGUGCUAAUAACUGUUCUCUACAACUUAUUUUUAGUUCAAUCUAUAGGCUAUUCAGUGUCCCACUACUGGACAAAGGCCACGUUAUUAGUUCUUAUAAACUGACCACCGUUCCCGAUCAUGAACUUCCAUCGGAUAUUGAGACAAUACCUAUAUUUUUAUUAUUUAUGCAAUAAAAAUUUCAAUAGCCUUUUUUAUAUGUAAUUUAUAUGUAACUUUUCCUAGAAACCACUAUUGUUAUUAAAAUUUUAGAUAAAUUUAUACUGGCGUUGUUCUCAUUUCGUGAAAAUCAAGUAUAUUUUUUACAGAAGGUAGUUUUAUAUUUAAUAAAAUAUGUGUCUGAAUUUAGCCUAUUUCAAUUGAUAUGAUAUUGAUGAAUAAUGUUAAUAUAUUUUAUAUAACCUUAUACCUAAUUAGAAAUAAACGAACCAUAUAUUUACACUG